AUGGUCAAGAAUCCUUUCAAUAGGUUUCGUCGUCCGAAAGUUAUUGCUCAAGCAAGCAACAGUGAAACAGGUGACGUUGCGAUAAAUCAUGACGAUGAAGAAGAAAACAAACAUCAGUGGGAUCGCCCGGUAGAAUUCGUUUUGUCGCUUAUUUCAAACUCAGUUGGUCUUGGUAAUGUCUGGCGAUUUCCGUAUCUUGCAGCACAGAGUGGUGGAGGUGCUUUUCUUAUUCCAUACUUCACUCUAUACUUUCUCAUCGGUGCUCCAUUAUACUUUAUGGAACUAGCUCUGGGACAAUUUACCAGUCGAGGACCGGCUACGGGAUUCGUUCUCGGCAGAGGAUGGCAAGGUGUUGGUAUUGCGAUGAUUAUUAAUAGUGUACUGGGAACUCUGUAUUACAAUGUUUUGAUUGCUUGGGCUCUAUUCUACUUUUUCCUUUCGUUUCGUUCACGAUUACUAUGGUCUGAUUGUGGUAAUUGGUGGAAUACAGCACGCUGCUUUGUACCUGGCAGCCAAAGUAACCUUUUCAGUGCCAAUGGAACGAAAUGGAACUGUACAGAAGAGCAAUACUAUAACUUUUCUCAAUAUAACUGUCAAGAAGUAAACGCAACUGAAAAAGUAACAGCUACCGAAGAGUUUUUCUAUCGAUUACUGUUGAAUAAAAGCGCAACUUUCGAUGAUUUCGGUGUUCCGGGUACUUAUAUGUCUUUAUUAUUACUAUUAGCUUGGCUUAUUAUUUGUUUGUGCAUCAUUCGUGGUGUUCAAUCAUCGGGCAAAGUUGCAUAUUUCACUGCAAUUUUCCCAUACAUCGUUCUUCUUGUACUCAUUAUCUUUACAGCCACGUUGGAUGGAGCUGGUGAUGGUAUCAAGUUCUAUCUUAUACCUCGAUGGGAACUAAUUGGCGACUUUAAAAUCUGGCAAGCAGCAGCUUCGCAAGUUUUCUUCUCUCUCAGUCUUAGUUUUGGUUCAUUAAUUGCCUACUCAGCAGCUAACAAAUUCAACAAUAACUUUUAUCAGCAAAUGUGUAUUGUGGUUUCGUGUGACUGCUUUACUGGUGUUUUUGCCGGCUUUGCGGUUUUCGCUACGAUUGGAUUUCUAGCGAAAUCGUUAGGUGCAGACGUCGAGGAAUAUGCGAAGGCAUCAGGACCAGGUUUAGCUUUCAUUACCUAUCCCGAAGCACUGUCGAAGAUGCCUGCCGGGCCAUUUUUUUCCAUCAUCUUCUUUCUGAUGCUUCUCGCUCUUGGUUUAGGUUCCCAGUUUGCCUCGACGGAUGUACCGAUUACAGCUCUGAUGGAAUUUUUCCCAUCCUACGCAAAUAAACGAUAUCUACUCGUUAUUAUUUUCUGUACAGUUUUCUAUCUUGUUAGUUUACCAUUUGCUUGUCCGGGCGGGAUUUAUCUAUUCGAAGUUUUUCAAGAAUAUACAGCGAAUAUAUCGUUGGUGUUCAUUGGAUUUUUCGAAGUUAUCACUGUUGCAUACAUCUACGGUUUCGAUCGAUUUAUGAAUGAUGUUUCAAUGAUGUUGGGUAGACGCGUAGCUGAAUACUAUCUCUUUUUCACAUGGUGUGUGUCAGCACCAUUAUUAACAUUGAUUCUUACCGUUACCAAUUUAUUGAAUGCACAACCAUUAGAAGCUCCAGCUAGUGCUGGUUUUGAAGCCUAUCAAUAUCCAACAUGGAGUACCAUCCUUGGCUGGUUUAUAUUUGCCUUUUGUAUCCUACCAGUGCCACUUGUUUUCGUUGUGAGUUAUAUUAAACAAUACCGAAAGCUGUCGGCCGAACAAUGGAAUGCGAUUGCUGCAGAAGAUCAAACAACUGACAAUCGUACUAAGCCGAGUCCGCUCUACAUACGAGCAUUACGAUUGAACAACGAACCUGCAGAAACGUGGGGACCACGAAGAAAAAGAGAUCAGAAGGGAGUUUAUGAGCGUCAGAAAGUUGACAAUAACAUUCCUGAUGAACGACCUCCUUCAAAACAAUCAUCUAUUAUACAAAGGAAAAUUAGUCCUGCUAUCGGUAAUGUAAAUCCAACGUUCGAUGCAUCGCCAGUGGAUCAUCGCGACGAUGACGACAACUAUCCCGAGUCUUCGUGA